AUGCUGUGUGCAAUCUCUGGAGAGGCCCCUCAGCAGCCGGUUGCGUCGCGCAAGAGCGGCAAUGUCUUCGAAAGACGCUUGAUCGAAUCGUACAUUUCCGAAAAUGGUACCGACCCGGUGACUGGAGAAGACCUCACUGUCGAAGACCUGGUCGAGCUCAAGCAAGCUCGUACCGUUCGCCCUAGACCCCCGACCUUGACUUCGAUUCCCGCCCUCCUCUCUACCUUCCAGAACGAAUGGGAUGCCCUCAUCCUCGAGACAUACCAACUUAAGCAACAGCUGGCCGAGACUCGUCAGGAACUCAGUACUGCUCUCUACUACAGCGACUCGGCCGAGAAGGUUAUUGCACGUCUGCAGAAGGAGAGAGACGAGGCCAGAGAUGCUUUGGCCAAGAUUUCUGUUACCUCGACCUCAAAUGGCACACAUGGAGACGCUAUGCAGGUGGAUGGACAAGGCUUGCCUGAGGCCAUUGUCGCAAAGAUUGAGCAAACACAAGCAGAAUUGUCAUCUACACGACGAAAGCGCCCGACGCCCGAAGGCUGGGCAACUCCCGACUCCCUGCAGGCUAUGCAGUCCACUCAAAACUCAGAACCUUUGUACCCCGGAGGCCGUUCGAUCGCCGUUAACGAGACUGGCGAGUUGGCACUUGUUGGAGGCAGCGAUGGCGUCGUUGGUGUCUACUCAGUAUCACAGGGCCAGGUCGUUCAGACAUUGAAGUGUGGUGGUGGAUCCGUGACCGAUGCCGUUUGGUGCGGCAACAAGCCUAUUGUCGCUCUCUCUACUGGUGCCGUCAAGGUCUUCGACAACGGAGCCGAGACUGCCAGCUUUGAUCGCCAUGCCGGUGCUGCCAACGCACUUGCUCUCCAUCCUUGCGGUGACAUUCUUGCUUCGGUCGGCGUGGACAAGAGCUAUGUUCUGUACGACCUUCAGUCGCUCCAACCCAUCACUCAGGUCUCUACCGAUUGUGAACUCACAACUGCUGCAUUCCACCCUGACGGUCACCUCUUCGCAGCCGGCAGCAGCAAGGGAGCCAUCAAACUCUUCGAUGUCAAGACUUCGGAGAACGUGGCCAACUUUGACUCUGCCUUCGCACAAUCACCUCUUCAGACAGUAUCUUUCUCGGAGAACGGCACAUGGCUUGCAUCAGCAGUCCAAGGACAGACCAGUGUCAGCGUCUGGGACUUGCGCAAGAUGGCAGAGAUCAAGACGAUCGAUCUGGGCACGGCGGUCACGGGUGUCAGCUGGGACUACACUGGACAGUACCUCGCAGCAUGCGGACAGGGCUUUGUGGCAGUUGAACAUUACUCCAAGAGCUCAAAGAGCUGGUCGGAACCAUUCAGAAAGGCGCUGAACGCGGUGGAUAUCAAGUGGGGAUCCAAGGCGCAAAGCCUGGUUGCGUUGGCGACAGAUGGAAGCGUCAGCGUAUUAUCAUCAUGA